UCGCUGCUCCGGAGGGUGGACAACUGCGGGUUCUCUGAGCUGCUCUGACGCUGACUGUCCGCCUCCCGCCCCGGCUAGAAGCUUUCGGCCAGUGACAGCAAGUGAGCCCUGGAGGAGUAGCUCGCAGAGACUGCCAAAGGAGACCCCAAGUCUGAAGAACAAUGGCCCUUCCUGGGAUAUGAAGUGUACCUACUGCAACAUGGUUUUCUCUCUCUAGCCCUGGAUAGCAGAACAUGGCCCUGGGUCCACAGAAAGCCAAAUGAUCCAACCCACAAUGCAUCAGCUUUUCAGACUGGUUUUGGGACAAAAGGAUCUCUCCAGAGCUGGGGACCUCUUCUCUUUAGAUGAUGCUGAGAUUGAAGACAGCCUGACGGAAGCUUUGGAGCAGAUUAAAGUCAUUAGCUCAUCUUUGGAUUACCAAACUAACAAUAAUGACCAGGCAGUGGUUGAAAUCUGUAUCACAAGGAUCACGACAGCCAUCAGAGAGACGGAAUCCAUUGAAAAGCAUGCCAGGGCCCUGGUGGGACUGUGGGAUUCCUGCUUGGAGCACAACCUGAGACCCGCAGGGAAAGACGAAGACACUCCACAUGCAAAAAUCGCAUCUGAUAUCAUGAGCUGCAUCUUGCAGAAUUACAACCGGACCCCUGUGAUGGUCUUAGCUGUCCCCAUUGCAGUGAAAUUCCUCCACAGAGGCAGCAAGGAGCUGUGUAGGAACAUGUCCAACUACCUGUCCCUGGCUGCCAUCAGCAAGGCAGAGCUCCUGGCUGAUCACACCGAGGGGAUAAUAAAGAGCAUUCUCCAAGGAAAUGCCAUGCUGUUGAGGGUGUUACCUGCUGUGUAUGAAAUGCAGCCUCAACCCAUCAACAGACACCUGGCAGAACUCCUGGCCUUGAUGUCUCAAUUGGAGCAGACAGAACAAUACCAUCUACUCCGGCUUUUGCACGCAGCAGCAAAGAAGAGAGACGUGGAGGUAGAAAGUAAAUGCGUUCCUUUCCUCGUCAGGCAUUUGAAGGAUUCAACCCACAAUGACUUCAUCCUAAACAUCCUCAUAGAAAUAGCAGGCUAUGAACCACUGGCUUUGAGCAGUUUUCUACCAAUGCUGAAAGAGAUUGGGGAGAGAUUUCCCUACCUCGCUGGACAAAUAGCAAGGAUCUUUGGCGCAGUUGGACAUGUGGAUGAAGAAAGAGCCAGGAGCUGCCUCGGCUACCUGGUGAGCCAGCUGGCUAACAUGGAGCACUCCUUUCACCAUAUUCUCCUGCUGGAAAUUAAGAGCAUCACCGAUGCCUUCUCCUCCAUCCUGGGCCCUCACAGCAGGGACAUCUUCCGGAUGAGCAACAGCUUCACCAACAUCGCCAAGCUGCUCUCCCGACAACUGGAAAACAGCAAGGCUGGGAAUGGCAGCAGAAAAACCGACUCUGAAGUUGGCUUUCCUGAGAAAGUGGGAGACGCCAAGACCACGGAGCCUGCAAGGGGAAACCACGAAAAACUCCAAGUUAAAAUUCAAGCUUUUGAAGACAAAAUAAAUGAAGAGGGCAAUACUCCUGGUUCUGUCCGGAGAUACAGUUUAGGCCACGUCUCUAAGGAAGAACAAAGAAACAUUAGAUUUGGCAGGUCCAGGAGUUUGGCUUUGAAUACCAUGCUCACAAACAGCGUGAGAGCCGAAGAUGGGGAAGCUGGAGAAAGGGCAGGAAUACAAGCCAGCAUCUCUCUUUCAGAGAUUGACCCACUUAGCCUCGGAACGGGCAAGUUGCCCCUUAAGAUAGACACCCACGGAUCACAGCUGAGAAAUUCCUCUGCUUCACGCCCACGUAUUGUGUAUAUAGAACCAGAGAACAUGACUGAAACCGUUAGAGGAAACAUCCAGAAAGACGUUCCGGAGACCACCUCAAGUCCUGUGGAACACCAAGAUAAGCUCUACUUGCAUUUAAAGGAAAACCUCGGUAAAGUGAAGGCUUAUGCCGUGGAAAUUGCAAAGAAGGUUCCAGUCCCAGACCAGUGCGACAUUGAAGAUACCGUGAAAAGUUGUGUGGCAAAGCUGUUCUUUACCUGUUCCUUAAAGGGUCAGUACUGCCUGUACAGCAAGUCCAGCUUCACCCUCAUCAGCCAAGCCCCCCAGCCAUGGAUCCAGAUCAUGUUUCUCUUCCAGCAGAGCCUGUUUCCUGAGCCCCUGUCCAUUCAGAGUGGGUCUGUGCAGUUCCUCAAAGCCCUAUGGGAGAAGACGCAGGCCAGGGGAACCCACAGCUUUGAAGACGCCAUGACAGAGUCCACAUUUCCACAGCAGAAGGAUCUGGACCAGGUUCAGCUCCAUCUGGAAGAAGUGAGGUUCUUUGAUGUGUUCGGCUUCAGUGAGACAGCAGGGGCAUGGCAAUGCUUCAUGUGCAACAACCCCGAAAAGGCAACCGUUGUAAACCAGGAUGGCCAACCCCUCAUUGAAGGGAAACUCAAAGAGAAACAGGUGAGAUGGAAGCUCAUCAAGAGGUGGAAAACUCGCUAUUUCACACUGGCCGGAAACCAACUUCUGUUUCAGAAAGGGAAAUCUAAAGAUGAUCCAGAUGAUUCCCCAAUAGAACUCAGCAAAGUACAGAGUGUGAAGGCUGUGGCUAAGAAACGCCGGGACCGCUCUCUCCCCCGGGCUUUUGAAAUCUUCACAGACAAUAAGACCUAUGUUUUCAAAGCCAAGGACGAGAAGAACGCUGAAGAGUGGCUGCAGUGCAUCAACGUGGCGCUUGCCCAGGCAAAAGAGAGGGAAAGUAGAGAAGUGACCACGUAUCUGUAG